AUAGAAUAUUAGUGUUCCAUUAAGACAGGCGUUAAAGAAAUCCAAUAUGCAAUGGCUAACAAUGACACAAAAUCCACCAAAGUUCGAGCCCAAAAUUUCACUCAAGAUGAAAAGAUGUCUCUUGUCACUAUCAUCCAGAAGUUUGGUGAAAUAAUUGAAUGCAAACAAACCCAUUCUACAUCAAAAGGAGAUAAAGAUAAAGCCUGGAACAGUGUUCACGAAGAAUAUAAUGUCAAUGCAGAUCGCCUCCGUACUCUUGACAUGUUGAAAAAUUGUUGGAACAAUUUAAAGAAAAAGGGAGGUGGCAUCAAAAAUUUCAAAUCCGACCGGCUCAUGGAGAAAAUAUUAAAGGUAAUUGGGCGUCAGGUAGAGCCCCCCAAAAAUCCCUAUGAUUCAGAUGCUCUAUUCAUUGUGGGUGACGAUGAUGAUGGACUGGAGGAUCCAAUUGAAGGGAAUCAGGCUAUUCAUAGAUAUCUUCGAGACUCCGGGCAACUUCCAGACUGGUCAAAAAUGUCUGUGAAGAACCUGAAAAAACCUGUGAAAAUACUGAAGCCUAACGAUACAACUGGACUGAAGCAAGACAUUAAGAAAGCAGAUUUUGUUGAUGAUAAAAAAGGUAUUGUUGAUAUUAAUGAGGAUACAGACUUUGUGCAGCUACAUGAAUUUGUCGUCCUAAAGAAGGUGGCGGAAAACUCUGCUCCCUGGAAGGUGACACGCAUUACUUCUCUUAACUAUAGUGCAGUUAUUGAAACCAUUACUAAUUUUUUAAAUUUUGUUUGGGAUGAAUCGGAGCUCCAGCUGGAAAAAAGGAUCGACAUGCAAAAUCAGUUUCGCUCUUCUCCAAACAUUCUCGAUGCACCGCAUGAUGGAAUCAACUUUCAACACGAAACCGUGAGCUGUUCUGAAGAGAACAAAAUUAACAUUGACAUCAAAAGAACUAAACUCCAUAAAGAACGCCUGAAACUCAAGAGAUUGGAUCUCAAAAAUGAUUUGCUACAGCUGCAAUUGGAGAAGAAAAGAUUGAAAUGGGAGGAUUUGAAGAAUAAUUUGGAAAGAACAACAAAGGGGGAAUGAACAAAUCAAUGAGUAAAACCAAAUAAGAAUUGCUGAACGUAAGAUUUUCGUAUUAAGUAUUAAAGAAAAGUUCUGGUUUUUCAUGUUACAGAAAAAUAGAUGUAUCUAGAUGUUAGCCUUUGUGCGGAGAAGUUACUAUGAAGAUUAUUAAAAUGGAAGUAUUAAUAAUCGAAAUUUCUUUGUAAUGAAAAAUAACAGGGAUUGAAAGGUGCCAAGUACAAAAUAUUCUUGAGCUGUGACUUAUAUGAUUAUUACUUCCGAUGAGAGUUGUCUGACUUGAACUAACUGUAAAGUAAUGAGUCCUAAAAAUAUGGAGAAGUGAUUAUUAUGAUUUGUUAUUGUUCAGGUAGUUUUUAUGGAUGAGUACCAAUGUGUAAUCCAUGCAUUACUAUUUAUUUUUAUUUAUAUACAAAGAGCACGUUGAAAACCCACUGAAACCAUUCCUAAACGUCUUUUCGAAGGAAGUUCUUGUUCUUUUUUCUAGGAAGUUCAAUACACUUAACAUAACUAUUUCGUAGUCAAGGCUUUACUGAUGUUGAACAUUAGUAAUACAAAAAUUCAAUUGUUUGCUUAUAGUUAUAAGGUGAUCGUUAGUCGUUCGCAAUUCUGUACGGAAGAGAUUUCGUAUGUUAUCGUAGACAUUACAAUAUCAAUGUAAAGAGUAAGAUAGUGAUAAAAUUUAGUUUCCGACAUAAAAAUGCAGAAGUUAAUGUAUAUUGCGAGGGGUAAUUUUUCAUGAGCUGUGGCUAAAAAUAAGGGAAGAAUAGUAUAAGAUUUAGAAUCGCGGGUUUCCGUCCCUAGAGGCAUAAAAGAUUUUGUAUGUUCCCUCAGUCGUACGUUAUGCAUUAUGGACUCCCAAAUACUUACUAUUUAAUUACAGUUACGAGAUGAAAGUACCUUCAUUCCAGGACGUGUGAUAAUCUAAUGUUGAUUGAAAUGUUAAGCUGUUCAUGAAGUGUUCAAUAUAAUAUUUAAAUACAGCCAGUUAAUACGCAAUGGAGGAUAGUGUUCUGCAUCUAACAUUAUGAAAACUUCU